CUCGUCCCAGAAGCAAGUGGCCAGCAGGAGUGGGAAAGACGACCGUGACGAGAUGGUAUUCAUCAUAUGCUCUAGUGCAAGAUGCUGUAGUCCAGGGAUACGAUAGCGAUGUGCAAUUUGAUAAACAGAAAGUGCAGAAGCCGCUGGUGGAGCUGUGGUUGGAUGAGAAUGUGGGUCAACCUGACGUGAUGCAUGAAGAAGAGCUUGAGAUGGUGAUAUGGGAUAGUACAGUCCUU